CAACCUUCAUUUAAUUCUAAGCCAUUCCAAAGCCAAAAGAAAUAAUCCAUCUUUCUCCCUCUCUCCUUCUAUUUGUUUCACAACCUUCAAACCAAAGCUCUCACUUUCUCUCUCAUCAGAAGAAUCUCCAGAAGAGAGAGAACAGAAAAAACCUUCAAGCUUUAAGAACAUGGAGUCUAAUGGUAUCAUGGAGCCCACUGUUCUUAAUCAGUUCAUCCCUAGAAGGUACCAAGUGAAAGUGUUUGAGGUUGCAAAGCGGAAGAACACGAUUGCGGUGCUGGAAACAGGAGCUGGGAAGACGAUGAUAGCUGUGAUGCUCAUCAAGCACGUUGCUGAGGAGAUGAUGAGUAUCAUCCCCUCCUCUGGAGUUAAAAAGUUGAUCAUUUUCUUGGCUCCGACAGUUUAUCUUGUCACUCAACAAUACAAGGUUAUUAAAAAUUCCACAACUCUUGAAGUGGAAGAGUACUAUGGAGCCAAGGGAGUGGAUGAAUGGACCCGGAGCUGUUGGGAAACAGAAGCUAAUACACAUGAUAUACUGGUCAUGACACCACAGGUUCUCUUGGAUGCCAUGAGGAACGCUUUCUUAAACUUGGAAAUGUUUAGCUUGAUAAUCUUCGACGAAUGUCAUCGCGCUACAGGCAAUCAUCCCUAUACGAAAAUAAUGAAGGAUUUUUAUCACCAAUCUGUGAACCGGCCAAAGAUUUUUGGGAUGACAGCGUCCCCCGUUAUAAGAAAAGGUGUCUCGUCCGCCAUGGAUUGUGAGGAUCAAAUAUCUGCACUUGAAAGCAUGUUGGAUGCUCAGGUUUACACUGUAGAAGACAGGACUGAAAUCGAAACGUUUGUUCCCUCAGCAGUCCACAAAUGUAGGUUCUACAAGCAAGCACCGUCCACCUAUUCGGAUCUGAAGGAAAAGAUGGAAGCUUUGCUGUCGAAGUAUGCUUCUGAGUUGGAGUUGCAAGAGCAAAUGCCAAGUCAGUACCAAGACAUCAGUGACAAGAUAAAGAUGUUGCGAAAGCGGUUACACAAUGACCACAUGAAGAUCUUGUACUGCCUUGAUGACCUUGGCAUUGUAUGUGCAUAUGAGGCUGUCAAAGUUUGUCUAGAGAAUGUCCCUGAUGCCGAAGAAGAGUGCCAGUUCUAUAGAGAAUGUUCUUCGUAUUUGAAAAUUUUUCUCGAUGAAGUAUUGCUUAUGAUUGCCGGAUUUCUUCAACCUGGCUGCGAACUUCAUGCAAACUUUGAGUCUGACUAUACAAAGGCGUGCGAUUUGGGUUUCAUAUCUCCAAAGUUAUACGAACUUCUUCAAAUUUUCCAGUCAUUUGGAACCGGUAGCAAAGUUCAAUGCCUCAUUUUCGUAGAGCGAAUUAUUACAGCGAAAGUGAUUGAAAUAUAUGUUAAGAAAGUGCGGUGCUUAUCUCACUUGACGGUUUCAUACGUGACUGGAAGUAACGGAUCAGCUGAUGCGCUAUCACCGAAGCUGCAAAAGGAAACUAUGGAAUCCUUUUGCUCCGGGAAGGUCAAUCUGUUGUUCGCUACGGAUGUAGUUGAGGAGGGAAUACAUGUUGCAAACUGUUCCUGUGUGAUUCGUUUUGACUUGCCCAAGACAGUUCGUAGUUAUAUCCAGUCCCGGGGAAGAGGUCGAAAAAAUGACUCCCAAUAUAUCCUAAUGCUUGAAAGGAGCAACAAGAAGCAAAUAGAUCAAAUGUUCGACAUCAUCAGGAGCGAGCAUUCGAUGACAGAUACAUCUAGAAACAGAGAUCCUGAAGUGUGCACCUUAAAAGCUUGUUGUUUUGAGGAAACAAAAUCGUAUCGUGCAAAAGCUACUGGAGCAUCAGUUACAACGGAUUCAAGUGUCAGUCUUAUAUAUCGAUACUGCGAAAAGCUCCCGGGAGAUAGGUACUUUACUCCGAAACCAACUUUUGACUUCGAAAUUUCUGAAGGGUUGUACCAGUGUAGAAUAACAUUACCCCCAAAUGCAGCUUUUCUAACAACGGUCGGUCCACUGAGCAGCAACACGCAUUUGUCCAAGCAGCUAGUGUGCUUGGAAGCUUGUAAAAAACUCCAUGAAAUGGGAGCCUUGGAUGAUCAUCUUCUCCCGCUUGUCCAAGAGCCCUUAGAAGAUGAUCUAAUUCCAGAAAGAAGAGAGUUAUCUGCUGGUGCAGGAACAACGAAAAGAAAGGAAUUACACGGCACAACAUCCAUCCGGGCAUUAUGUGGAACUUGGGGAGAAAAACUUGAUACUGUUUUUGAGGCCUAUAAGUUUGAUUUCUCGUGUAGUAUCGUUGAUGAGACAUAUUCAGGAUUUGUUCUACUAAUCGAGUCAAAACUCGAUGAUGAUGUGGGAAAUAUCGAAAUGGAUCUUCAACUCGUCUCAAGGAUGGUUAAAUCUUCGGUCUCUUCAUGUGGAAAAUGUUAUCUGAGUGCAGAGCAGGUAACGCAAGCCAAGCGCUUUCAAGAAUUUUUCUUUAAUGGUGUGUUUGGGAGAUUGUUUUUUGGGGGAGAAUCAGAAGGGACAACGCGAGAAUUUUUACUCCAGACAGAAACAAAAUCACUCUGGAACUCAGCAUAUAUGUAUUUGCUUUUACCCGUUGACACAUUGGACACUUCAGAAGUGAACUGGAGAGGGAUCAGUUCUUCUGUUAAUGUGGUAGAAUUUUUUAAGAAACAAUACUCCACGCAUUCCAAGUGUUUUAAUGGUGAUCACAGCGAGUUGCCACUUUCUAGGACUGGUUCAUCCAUGACAGAGUCGAAGGCUUCGAAUCAUAUCCAUUUCGCUAAUAGUUCAAUUGAUGCCGAUAAUCUCCAAGAUAUGCUAGUAUUGGCUAUUCACACGGGACGUAUCUAUUCAAUCAUCGAAGUUGUCCAUGGAAAAUCUGCAGAAAGUUCUUUGGAGGAAAAUAUUGAUGAUGCAUCAUCGACAUACAGUUAUGCUCAGCACUUCAAAACGAAGUAUGGGAUUUCACUUGUUUAUCCCGGACAGCCUUUGCUGCGGUUAAAGCAAAGUCAUAAUCCGCAUAACUUGCUUGGUGCCGAAGGUGCUUCAUCACAAGACGGUCGAGUAAUCAAGGAACAAGCUCAUGUUCGUAUGCCUCCCGAGAUCUUAGUCAGUAUUGAUUUUCAGGUGGAUGUUUUACGAUCAUGUUACUUGUUACCGUCAGUAAUGCACCGGCUGGAGUCACUAAUGCUAGCUAGCCAGCUCAGGGAAGAGAUCAAUGGCCAAACUAACAACUUUAAAAUAUCAAGUUCAUUGAUUCUGGAAGCACUCACAACACUUAGGUGUUGUGAAGAUUUCUCAUUGGAACGUUUGGAGUUGCUCGGAGAUUCAGUUCUCAAGUACGCUGUGAGCUCCUACCUUUUUCUCAGAUAUCCUGAGAAACAUGAAGGACAACUAACAGCUCGGCGUACAAGGGUAAUAUGUAACUCCAACCUGCAUAAACUAGGAAUCCAACGAAAGAUACAGGGAUAUAUACGUGACAGCGCAUUUGAACCACGCCGUUGGGCAGCUCCAGGGCAGCUGUCUAGAUUCCCUGAUCCGUGUAAAUGCGGAGUGGACACCUUAGAAGUGCCUUUGGACAGCAGAUUUCAAACUGUAGAAGCGGUAAAGGUCGGAAAAUUCUGCGAUAGUGGCCAUAGAUGGAUGAACUCGAAAACCAUAGCAGAUUGUGUUGAGGCCCUCAUAGGAGCCUACUAUGUCGGCAAAGGACUGUUUGCUGCACUACAUGUGAUGAAGUGGCUUGGUAUUGAUUCUGAUUUUGAACCCUCAUUAGCCACUGAAGCCAUUACGAGGGCUUCCCUCCGAUCUUACUACCCAAAACAUGAUGACAUCGCUGCCUUGGAGUUGAAGCUUGACUACCAAUUUUCGGUUAAGGGUUUGUUACAGGAGGCCAUAACACAUGCCUCUGAGCAAAAACUAGGUGCUAGCUACUGUUACCAGAGGCUCGAGUUUCUUGGCGACUCUGUGUUGGAUGUGCUAAUCACACAGUAUCUCUAUGAUAGCCACACAACUAUUAAUCCGGGAUGGUUGACAGACUUGCGAUCAGCUGCCGUUUGUAACGAAAACUUUGCCCGAGCUGCCGUGAGAAAGAAACUUCACCCACAUCUUCAACAUUGCUCCGGGUUACUUCUGAAUCAUAUCACAGAGUAUGAGAAGUUGUGUACUGCUGAAGCUCUUAACACCACCAGCCUACUUGAAGACGUAAAAGGCCCUAAAGCUCUUGGGGACAUGGUAGAAAGCAUAGCUGGGGCUAUAUACAUGGACAGCAAUCUCGAUCUUAACAAAGUAUGGAGGGUGUUUAAACCGCUAUUAUCUCCGAUCGUGACCCCUUCCACUCUGCAAUUACAUCCGCUGCGUGAACUGACCGAGUUCUGUGGUUCUCUCGGGUACUUUGUGAAAGAAAAUUGUACUAAAGAGGAUUCAUUGGAGCAUGUGGAAAUGACGUUGCAGCUGGAAGAUGGUCUUUUGGUUGGUAAUGGGUACGAUCGGAGCAAGAAAGCUGCUAAACAGAAAGCAGCUCGUCAACUGUUGAAGGAGCUCCAGGGUUGCCAUUCAGUGUUUAAAAGGAGAAAACUUGAUCCUGACCGUGUAGAUGAGCUCUCUUCCGAAGGCAUGGAGAUUGAACACUGCAGCCAACUGAAUGAUACUCAUUCUUUAGAGUCGAUCAAUCGAAUCAAAUCACCAUAUGCAGACUCGAGAACAGGUCCUACCCCGACCAAUUUUGGUCCUAACAAAAUCUACAGUCACAACAUUGUAACCCCAAGUUUACAUGCUAUAGCUUCGAUCAGCACGAGGAAAGGAGCAGCGCGGGCUUCUCUCUUUGAGCUGUGUAAGAGAAUGCAGUGGCCAAUGCCUACAUUCAAAACAACAGAGCAUAAAUCGAGAACUCCAAUCGAAUUUGGUGAGGGCUCUGAAAAGAGAAUCGGUUUCAACAGCUACGCAUCGGAAAUAAGUUUGCAGAUACCAAACUAUGGGACUGUUGUAUGCAGAGGAGAUCCUAGAGCUGAUAAGAAGAGUUCAUAUGACUCUGCAGUAGUUGCCCUGCUUUACAAGCUUCAACGACAGGGAAAACUUACAAUUGGGUGCUCUUGAGGGGUGGGAAAUGGCUGGGUUGGUUAGGUUGGACUUCAACCCAUUGGUCAACCCAAUAGGCUCGAGUUGGUACUAUUGAAACUCAUUUCCAUCCAAGAAAAUGGUCAAACCAACUCACCUAAACAAUU